GAGAGCGAGUCGGAGAGCGAGUGGAGGAGAGAGAGAGCAAAAGCGAGAAGCACACAUUGCUUCCCCACUGCAGCUGUGAGAAGCAGGGAGAGAGGAGAGCUCUCAUCUGAUCAGCAGUAGUAACAAUACAGGGCUAAAUACAUACUUGGCUGAAAGAUCAAUACAGUCAGCAAAAGAUGCUAGGAAAGUGAGAGAGAAGCCUCUUGGAGAUCAGUGUACAGCGAGAGAAAGGGACCGGCACCAGAGGGAAGAGAGAAAUAAACCGAGGGAAAUUGGAUCCUAUCAGAAGUCUGCCGGUAAGCACGGGGGUGUCAGGAGAGCCCUAUCUCUAGGUACGAGGAUCUAACGCCGUGGUGGUUCACCAUGGGCCCUGCACGAGGCUGGCUGCUGGGCCUGGUUCUACUCCUUCUGGGGACCCAGGCUGCUCUAUCCCCGUCCGGUGAGGAGGGGAAGCUGGUCCGGACCAUCAGAGUCAGACGACAGGCACCUUCAGAUGGCCCCACCAGUCAAUCUAACAACCAGACCAUCAAGGAGCAGCCAAUGGUCUUCAACCAUGUGUACAACAUCAACGUGCCCCUAGAGUCUCUGUGCUCAGUGGAUCUGGAUUCAGCAGUGCCUCCACCUAGCCAGGCCACUAGAGGGGCUGUGUCCAGUGGGGGUGGGGAGGGCGCCACGGAGUUCACAGAGCAGACAGUGGACGCAGACAGCCAGGUCACCUUCACCCACCGCAUCAACAUCCCCAAACAGGCCUGCGCCUGUCCUACAGCCAACAUCGUGCAGCAGCUGGCCAUCCGCAUCGAGAUGUUGGAGAGAGAGGUGUUGCUGCUGAGAGCCCAGUGCAGCUCUGGCAACUGUGGCUGUGGGGAGAGUUCAUCCAUGGGUCACCUGGACUUCAUUCCCCAGUGCAGUGGCCAUGGCAGCUUCAAAAUGGACCUGUGUGGCUGUGUGUGUGAGGACAGCUGGACGGGCAAGAACUGCUCUGAGCCGCGCUGCCCAGACGACUGCUCCGGACAGGGAGUGUGUAUGGAGGGUGAGUGUGUGUGUGACAGUGACUUCGGAGGGGACAACUGCUCGGAGCCCCGCUGCCCGGCGGACUGCUCCGGUCGAGGGCUGUGCAUGGACGGGGAGUGUAUCUGUGAGGAGAACUUCACUGGAGAGGACUGUACACUGGGUCGCUGCCUCAAUGACUGCUCUGACCAGGGCCUGUGCACCAACGGAACCUGCCAGUGUCGCCCGGGAUACGUAGGAGAAGACUGCUCCUUGGCCUACUGCGCCAACAACUGCAGUCAGAAGGGCAUUUGUAAAGAAGGCUUCUGUGUCUGCCAAGAUGGCUUCGCUGGAGAAGACUGCUCUGCAGUGGCUCCGGCUCUGAACUUGCGCAUGCGGGGAGUGACGGAGCAUACCAUUGACCUGGAGUGGGAGGGGUCAGUGUUGAUGACGGACUACCUGGUCACCUACGUGGCCACCAGCCCAGGUGGGGUCCAGCUGGAGAUCAGGAUCCCUGGGAACACCACCUCCUGCAGUAUCCCAGACCUGGAGCCUGGCAUCGAGUACAACAUCAACGUCUACGCUGUGCUCAACAACGUCAUCAGUGCCCCUACCAACACUCAGGUGUCAACCUAUCUCUCAAAUCCAGACGGUUUACUCUUCAAAUCCAUCACGGAGACAUCCGUGGAGGUGCAGUGGCAACCUUUCUACUACUCAUUUGAUGGCUGGGAAAUAAGCUUCAUUCCCAAGGACAAUGAUGGAGGGAUGACAGCCCAGCUACCCAGCACCAUCACUUCGUUCCACCAGACAGGCCUGAGGCCAGGGGAGGAGUAUACCGUCAACCUGGUAGCUCUGAGGGACCAAGGCCGCAGCCAGCCUGUAUCCGCCACCGUCACCACAUUGAUUGAUGGGCCGACACAGCUGAUAGUGCGUGAUGUCUCGGACUCUGUGGCCUUCGUGGAGUGGACCAAUCCCAAGGCAAAGAUGGACCAGAUAGUGCUGCGUUAUGGCCUGGUAGGAGGGGACAGGCCCAAGACUACUUUCCGUCUGCAGCCCACCCUCAGCCAGUACUCCCUGCAGAUGCUGAGGCCAGGCUCGCGCUAUGAGGUGUCCAUCAGUGGUGUUCGCAAGGGCAAUGAGAGUGGAACAAUCUCCACAGAAUUCAGCACCGUUCUGGUGUUCCUCUCAGAGAUCGACGCCCCCAAGAACUUGCGAGUGCUGUCCAAGUUCUCCACCACCCUGGAGCUGGAGUGGGACAACAGCGAGGCGGAGGUAGAGGGGUACCAGGUGGUCUACAGCACCCUAGCAGGGGACCAAUACGAGAAGGUCAUUGUCCCACUCAACGAUGGACCCACCAGCAAGACCACACUCACAAACUUGUUGCCAGGUACAGAGUAUGGCAUUGGCAUAUCGGCUAUGCUUGGCACCAACCAGAGUUCUCCUGCCACAAUGAACGCCAGAACUGGUCUGGAUGUCCCAAUGGACCUGACUGUGACAGCGUCCACAGACAACACCAUCACCCUGCUGUGGGGGGUGGUCCAGGGGCCUAUCGACCACUACAUGGUUACCUACACCUCCUCAUCUGGCCUGACCACGGAGGUGACCGUCCCCAAGGACGUGACCACCACCACGCUCAAUGACCUGGAGCCAGGCACAGAAUACACCAUCACUGUAGCUGCCCAUAGGGGAAGGCAGCAAAGCACUGCAGCCACCAUUGAUGGCUUCACAGGCUCCCGCCCCAUCAUAGCACUCUACUUGUCUGAUGUCACAUGGGACUCGGUGACGGUGGCAUGGAGCGCCCCUGCCCCACCCGCAGACCUCUACAUCCUCACCUAUAGCUCUGAGGACGGCACUGACACGUCCAAGGUUACCCUGGAUGGAUCCAAGACCCGGUCCUCUAUCAAGGGACUCCUGCCCUCCACAGAGUACACCGUCAGCCUUAUCACCAUACAUGGAGAGGUGAAGUCUGAGGCUGUCACAGCCACGCUCACCACAGGAAUGGAUCCACCUAAAGAGAUGACUGUGUCAUAUGCCACUGAAGACUCCGUCAUCAUAUCAUGGUUGAGACCAUUCGCUCCCUUCGACUACUACAAGAUGUCCUAUCAAUCAGCAAGAGGGACAGUGGACAGCGUGGUAAUUGACAAUGACGUCACUAACUACACCCUGUCCAGCCUCCACCCAGCAACAGAGUAUGAGAUCAACCUGAACGUUGUGCGGGGCAGCCAGGAGAGCAAGUCCAUCACCACCAGUGUCUUCACAGCGAUGGACAUGCCAAUGGAACUAACAGCCCUCAACAUUACCCCACAAGGAGCUUUACUCCGGUGGAACCCUCCUCUGUCCAGCGUUGACAACUACGUGUUCACCCUCACCUGCAACCAGGUGACAGCUAAUACCUUCCUGGUGGAAGGUGUGAAACAGGACCACCAGCUUAGUAAACUCAAGCCCAGCACCACUUACUCUGUAGCCCUCUACGCCACCAAGGGACCCUUGACCAGUGGAACCGUCAUCGCCAACUUUGAAACACCCAUGGACGCUCCUCUGAACCUGACGGCUAGCGAGGUGAACCACCGCAGUGCCCUCAUCUCCUGGCAACCGCCCAUCGCAGACAUCGACAACUACAUGCUCACAUACAAGUCAGUGGACGGCAACAGAAAGGAGCUGAUCCUGGAUGCCGAGGACACUUGGAUCCGUCUGGAGGGGCUGGCAGAGACCACAGAAUACACUGUGAGGUUGCAGGCUGCCAGGGGAUUAGAGACCAGCGGAAUCGUCUCUACGGCCUUCACAACAGGAAACCGUCUGUUUGCCACCCCCCAGAACUGUGCCCAGCAUCUGCUGAACGGGGAGUCCCUCAAUGGCGUCUACACCAUCUACAUCAACAGAGACGCCAAUCAGGGAGUGCAAGUCUACUGUGAUAUGACCACAGACGAAGGAGGUUGGAUCGUGUUCCAACGUCGUCAGAACGGCCUGACAGAUUUCUCCAGGAAAUGGAGUGACUACAGGGUCGGCUUUGGAAACCUAGAGGAUGAAUUCUGGCUCGGUUUGGACAACAUACAGAAGCUCUCAGCUCAAGGUCGCUAUGAGCUCCGGAUCGACAUGAAGGAUGGCCAGGAGUCUGUCUACGCCAGCUAUGACAAGUUCGCCAUUGGAGACGCCAGGAAUCUGUACAAACUCAGGAUAGGAGAGUACAAUGGCACAGCUGGGGACUCGCUGAGCUAUCACCAAGGCCGUCCCUUCUCCACCAAGGACAGAGACAAUGACAUUGCCGUGACCAACUGUGCUCUGUCCUACAAAGGAGCCUGGUGGUACAAAAACUGCCAUCGGGCCAACCUGAACGGGAAAUACGGCGAGUCGAGACACAGUCAGGGUAUCAACUGGUACCACUGGAAGGGCCAUGAGUUCUCUGUCCCCUUUGUGGAGAUGAAAAUGAGGCCGUUCAACUACCGCAGCAUCAGUGGCAAGCGAAGGAGGUCCACUCCUCCAGAAUAAACCCCUACACCUUACCCCUCAACCCCAAUCCAGCUUGCUGUUCCUACUUUUACAUAAGGCUGAAAGACAAAAGGAGGAGCUAUGCAAUUUAUACAAAAUUUGAAUGACAAUGGUUCUGUUAGCUAGCCUGGAUAUGCAGACUGAAUUCAGCUCUGUUUCAUGUUUGUUUCAAAAUCCAUUCAGUCUGGAUUUUAAGGCUAUCUAUUUGCUAAAAUAGGGAGGUAAACCAUAAGAUUUUUGUGUUUAGUUAUUUGCCCUGUCCUGGAAGGUGAAGAGAUGAACUCAGAGUAGCUGUCAUGAACUUCUCUCUAUCCAUACAAUAUAAGUACAUGAGAGCUAGGAUUAUUUUCCCCAUUAAAAAAAGUAAUUUUAACAAAAUUCUAUAUGCCCGUAAACAAGUAAGAUAUCUCUAUUUUUAUAACUGAUAUUGUAACAAAGUUAAUUUAUUACAUGAUAUAAUUUGAUGCCUUGUUAUUGAUAUUUUUAUUGAAAUAGCAACCCUCCAUGAGUUUCAUAGUCAAAUGCCUGCAUGGAGCAAUUCAUUGGACAUUGACAAAACAUUGGCACUCAUAAUGAGUCAAUCAGCAUUCACCAAGCUACACACCAGCCUGUAGCAGUGGAUUCAACAUCAGCUAUUGAUUUGUUUAUUUAUGUCCAUUUGUCCAAUUUGCUUUUGAAUGUACAAUAAAAUCCCAAAUCCACACCCUGGUUGGAAUGGAAGAAACAGGAUCAUCAAACAAUAGCUGCUCAACUUGAAAUGUAUAGGCCUAGACUCUAGUGCCCCAUUUAGUAAGAAAAUAACAGUGAGCAAGUUAUUUGCGCUGAGGUAAUACAUAGUAUGACCAUUGUCAUUCAAUACUUGUCUUUACACUGCCCUGCAUAACUCAAAUAUAUAACAUUGUUGACCAAUAUUCACAUACGGUAUUCUCCAUGAGGAAAUUCCAACUCCACAAACAAAUACAAAGCUGUGUGAAGAUCCUGUAUAGGAGGUAGCGCUCUCAAAUGUUUCCACACUAUGUUACUUGCAUUGAUGGUGCUAAUAGUUCUGACAUGAAACCAAAGAUUUGCUGAAGAGAAAAUGCGCUGUCGACAGAGCUCUCUUUCUUUGUAACCUCAUCAUCACCUUAGCAGAUGUUUCUGUGAUCCUCGGUUUUAGGCCCAGCAACAAUUCUCGUGGUUACUUUUUGAACAUUAGUUCUUUGUCAGUAUUUUAGUAAAUUAUUUGAAAUUGAUAACCUCAUUUACUGUAUGUUGGUGUUCGAUAGUCGUCCUGUACAUUAUACAAUCCUCCUUUCUCACCCGUAUGUAAUGUUUAACUAUGUUAUGCCACCAGUGCAAGUAACACUUGGCCUGCUGUAGAGAACCCCUCAUGUCCUCCAUGUACAUCUGAUGGAUACACUGUAAUCCUACUUAUCCAAUACUUUCAUCAAAUCGUUUAAUUGUGUUGUUCUCCUUAGUUGUUUUUAUUGACUAAUUGACUAAUAUUUUCAUCCAGAUAUGGCUUAAAUACCCUCACCCAAUCUCUACAAACUGUAACAACCACACAGUGGGUCAUAAUCAUUUUGUACAUUUUAUGUCGUUCAUUGUCCUUUAGACUUGAUGACUUGAAACAAUGGUGAUUGUCCAUCCUAUAGACUACUGGUACUAAUAUAUCCAUAUAAGAAUUAGGAGGAGGAGACAUAUUUCAGUAUUUACCCUUGUAGAUGCAGAGUAAUAUAGAAGCAUUAAGAAACGCUGAUACUACUUCCCCUAUUGUUCUAACCAUAGUUGUUAACACAGACUUGUUUUGAAAAGCGGUGAGCCUACUGCAUGCUAACAAUCAUGAUCAACACCUUCAUGGUAAUAACAAACGUGUCAUCAGAAUCUGCAUCGUUGGGAAGGGCUCGUAAAGCAAGCAUUUCACGGUAAAUUCCACACCCUUUGUAUUCAGCGCAUGUAACAAAUAAAAUGUGAUUUGAUUUUGAUUUACUUUUGAAUUUAAAUGUAGAAAUUCUUCUCUGAAUUCUGCUUGUUAAGUGACUGUUUCAGAUCUGUUAAUGCAAUGCAUCUCCCAGAGCAAUACAUAGUGUUUUCUUUUUCACUAGAAUAGGAUGUGUACUUAUUUCUUAACUACUUAGACUAACUUUGCCUCAUGGCACUUUUGCAAGGAAUGAGAGUGAUGAAGCUCUGUAGAUAACAGAUGGAAUGUAUGUAACAUAAGAGAUAUCACUUUUGUCAAACGCUGGUGUGCCCUAAUUGUAAUCCAAAAGCUUACUGACUCCUGCUCUCUUUUACAGAAAUCUGAAAUUAAUGAAUUGUCAAUCAAUCAAUCAGAAUGACACAGUCUUAUUUUGCAAAGCCUCAAGCUUGGUCAAGUGAAGUGUUCUGAUUAUCCAGAAGAUUAUCCAGAAGUUGUUGCAGGCCUAUUCCAAGCUGUAGGACAGGUAUACUGUAGUUCUUAUUUAUGUUAUGAUUCCUUUCAGUAACUUAACCUUUUCCUUCACACCCCUGGUUUAGCAGGGCUGUGUGCAAUGUGCACACACAUUAAGCUAGUUGUCACUAUUUUAACCUCCAGAAUCUCUGCCAAGAAUUCAAGUUGAGGUCUGAGCUGGAAAAGUUAUAUUUCAAAUGCAGUGACUAAAUACCCUUACCUGUUUUGAUUUGGUUUCAGGGGAGCCUAAAGAGAGAAUAUCUACAAAGAACUAGAAUUUUGAUCGAACGGUGUUAGAGUAGUAAGAUACUGUUAUCUUGUGUUAGGCUUGCGAUGUAAAAGCACAUCUAACUAUUGAAGGGAACCUCAAGUGCAAAUGCAUGUAAUCAAUGAUGGCUGAGAGAAUGCUGAGUGCUAAAGAAUAUAAACAGAUUGAGGGAUACUGAGGAGGAAAAUAAAACCCACAAAAAAUGUAUUGUCUGUAAGAAAGGUAAUAGAAUCUCAAUAUGCUGAAUAUAACGUUGUUUAAUCAUGCCUUUACAAAUCAGGACAACACAUUGCACAUGCACAAAAUUGUCAAAAGUAUGUGGACACCCCUUCAAAUUAGUGGAUUCAGCUACUUCAGCCACACCCAUUGCUGACAGGUGUAUACAAUCGAGCACACCGCCAUGCAAUCUCCAUAGACAAACAUUGGCUGUACAAUGUCCCGUACUGAAGAUCUCAGUGACUUUCAACUUGUCACCAACAAGUCAGUUCGUCAAAUUUCUGCCUUGCUACAGCUGCCCCGGUCAACUGUAAGUGCUGUUAUUGUGAAGUGGAAACGUCUAGGAGCAAUAACUGCUCAGCUGCAAAGUGGUAGGCCAUACAAGCUUACAGAACAGGACCGCCGAGUGCUGAAGCGCAAAGCGUGUAAAAAUUGUUCAACCUCAGUUGCAACACACUAUCAAGUUCCAAACUGCCUCUGGAAGCGACGUCAGCACAGCUUCAGCACAGCUUCAUGAAAUGGGUUUCCAUGGCCGAGCAGCCGCACACAAGCCCAAGAUCACCAUGCGCAAUGCCAAGUGUCGGCUGGAGUGGUGUACAGUUCGCCACCAUUGGACUCUGGAGCAGUGGAAACGCGUUCUAUGGAGUGAUAAACUAGGCUUCACCAUCUGGUAGUCCGACGGACAAUUCUGGGUUUGGCAGAUGCCAGGAGAACGUUCCCUGUCCGACUGCAUAGUGACAACUGUAAAGUUUGGUGGAGGAGAAAUAAUGAUCUGGGGCUGUUUUUCAUGGUUCAGGCUAGGCCCUUUAAUUCCAGUAAAGGGAAAUCUUAACGCCACAGGAUGCAAUGACAUUCUAGACAAUUCUGUGCUCCGAACUUUGUGGCAACAGUUUGAGGAAGGCCCUUUUCUGUUUCAGCAUGAUUUCAGGUCCAUACAGAAAUGGUUUGUCGAGAUUGUUGUGGAAGAACUUGACUGGAACUGCACAGAGCCCUGACCUCAAACCUUCAGGAUGAAUUUGAACGCCGACUGCGAACAAGGCCUAAUCGACCAACAUCAGUGCCCGACUUCAGUAAUGCUAUUGUGGCUGAAUGGAAGCAAGUCCCUGCAGCAAUGUUCCGACAUCUAAUGGAAAGCCUUCACAGAAGAAUGAAGGCUGUUAUAGCAGCAAAGGGGGACCAACUUCAUAUUAAUGCCCAUGAUUUUGGAACGAGAUGUUUGACAAGCAAGUGUCCAUAUACUUUUGGCCAUGUAGUGUACGUGACAGGAGUAUUUGUGAAGCUGGUACUAAAUCCAUAAACUGUGGAAACCGAACCGUGUAAAUAAAGUAUACCUCUACCAGGCAUUGUCAGACCUCUACUAGACAGCAACUGUGAAGCAGAAUAAUAGACAGUACCAUUCAAAAGUUUGGACACACCCACUUAUUCCAGGGUUUUCUUUAUUUAUCCUAUUUUUUACAUUAUAGAAUAAUAUUGAAGACAUCAAAACUAAGAAAAAUACACAUACGGAAUCAUGUAGUAACCAAAAAAUUAUUUGAGAUACUUCAAAGUAGCCACCCUUAGCAUGGAUUACACCUUUGCACACUUUUGGCAUUCUCUCAACUAUCUUCACUUGGAAUGCUUUUCCAACAGUCUUGAAGGAGUUCCCACGUCUAAUGAGCACUUGUUUGCUGCUUUUCCUUCACUCUGUGGUCCAACUCAUCCCAAACCAUCUCAAUUGGGUAGAGGUUGGGUGAUUGUGGAGGCCAGGUCAUCUGAUGUAGCACUCCAUCACUCUCCUUCUUGGUCAAGUAGCCCUUAAACAGCAUGGAGGUGUGUUGGGUCAUUGUCCUGUUGAAAAACAAAUUAUAGUCACACUAAGUGCAAACCAAAUGGGAUGGUGUUUCACUGCAGAAUGCUGUGGUAGCCAUGCUGGUUAUGUGUGUCUUGAAUUCUAAAUAAAUCACUGACAGUGUCACAGCAAAGCACACCCACACCAUCACACCUCAUCCUCCAUGCUUCAUGGUGGGAAACACACAUGCAGAGAGCAUCCGUUCACCUACUCUGCGUCUCACAAAGACCAAAGGACAGAUUUCCACCGGUCUAAUGUCCAUUGCUGAUGUUUCUUGGCCCAAUCAAGUCUCUUCUUCUUUUUGGUGUCCUUUACUAGUGGUUACUUUUCAGCAAUUCGACCAUGAAGGCCUGAUUAACACAGUUUCCUCUGAACAGUUGAUGUUGAGAUGUGUCUGUUGCUUGAACUCUGAAGCACUUAUUUGGGCUGCAAUUUCUGAGGCUGGUUACUCUAAUUAACUUAUCCUCUGCAGCAGAGGUAACUCUGGGUCUUCCUUUCCUGUGGUGGUCCUCAUGAGAGCCAGUUUUAUCAUAGCGCUUGAUGGUUUUUGAGACUGCACUUGAAGAAACUUUCAAAGUUCUUGUCAUUUUCCGGAUUGAUUGAACUUCAUGUCUUAAAGUAAUGAUGGACUGUCGUCUCUUUGCUUAUUUAAGCUGUUCCUGCAAUAAUAUUGACUUCGUCUUUUACCAAAUAGAAACAUCUUCUGUAUACCACCCCUACCUUGUCACAACACAACUGAUUGACUCAAACGCAUUAAGAAGGAAAGAAAAUCCACAAAUUAACUUUUAACAAGGCACACCUUUUAAUUAAAAUGCUUUCCAGGUGACUACUUCAUGAUACUGGUUGAGAUAAUGCCAAGCGUGUGCAAAGCUGUCAUCAAGGCAAAGAGUGCCUACUUUGAAGAAUAUAAAUAUAAUAUAUUUUGAUUUGUUGAACACUUUUUUGGGUUAUUUAAUGAUUCCAUAUGUGUUAUUUCAUAGUUUUUCUGUCUUCACUAUUAUCUUACAAUGUAGAAAAUAGUAAAAAUAAAGAAAAACCCUUGAAUGAGAAGGUAUGUCCAAACUUUUGACUGGAACUGUAUAGAUGUUUUUAUUUUAUUUAACUAGGCAAGUCAGUUAAGAACAAAUUCUUAUUUCCGGGUUAGGCCAAACCCUAACCCGGAGGACGCUGAGCCAAUUGUGCGCCGCCCUAUUGGACUCUCAAUCACAGCUGGUUGUGAUACAGCCCAGGAUCAAACCAGGGUUUGUAGUGACACCUCUAGCACUGAAAUGCAGUGUCUUAGUCUGCUGCUCCACUCGGGAAGAAUGUGGUUAAUUCUUACAUUUUGGUGGAAAAAAUGUAUUUCCCCUUAGGGCCAACUCGAUCUGUCCUACUAUUGCUCCCAUGCCAUCACUUUCAUCAUAAAGGAGAAGGAAUAGUUCUGAUCUUAGAAAUAUAAUCACUAGAAUGGGUCUAACACACACCGUUGUGAUUCCAUUUCUAUGGUUCUGAUAAUAGGACUGCACAUAAUCAACCUCACAGAAAAGACUAAUGCUUUAGUCACAGUUUAUCACAGAUCCUAUGUAAAUUAAAUGACGGACAAUUGCAUGGCUGUAUAAAGCAUCAUGCAGAUUAUGGGUGAAUUAUCUCAUCACUUUAGGAUGAUUAUACCGACAGAAGAAGGAGCUAGAUGUCUCACAAGAUGCAUUAAUCUGAAGCAUUGUUUUACAAUUUCCACUCACCAUUAAAUAUAAUGAUGAGAGGAAGUCCAGUGGCGAGAUGUGUGAGAAAAUUGAUCUAGAAGAAACCUGGCCGACAUUCUGCUUAUUAACAUUGCUCUCAGUACAGUUUUCUGUUCCCAAAACUAGAAUCUGUUACGAACAGAGUGCAUAUAAUGUGUUGUUAGUAGGAGUACAAGGGCGAAUUGAGUUAUUGCACACACGUACUUCACAGAGAAGGCGUUCCCUAACAGAAAUAUGCAAAUACAUGCUUAAAAGCACCAGUAGGAUCUCACUAGCUCGUGCUUGGCUCUGCCCACGUCCUUGCAUGUUCUGGCACAGUGCUUAAUUUGCUCCCAUUGGAAACAACGGCAUUUAGAUACCUUGGUUUGUUUACCAGUAUCUUUGAUUACAUUGCCCUAGAAUCAUUAGUGCUUAGUGCUCAGAAAUAUAGAUUUGAUAUGCUGUAGGAAUAACAUUGCUGUUACUCUGUUAGUAGGCAUUCUAAAUUAAUGUUGUUGCCCUCUCUACCCAGUAGUUGAUGUAGGAGGAUCAGGACAAUAGUCAGAUUGGACCUACAUCCCAAAUGGCACCCUAUUCCCUGACCAGGGUCAAAAGUAGUGCACUAUAUACAGAAUAGUGUGCCAUGUGGGAUGCAGUUAGGGUUUUGAAUGUGAUAGCCUGAGGCCAAGUUAGCAUCUCGACCUUAAAGGAUUUAUGAGCGGUGACUUGUAUGAGAAGCUGUGGUCUGCUCUUCUAUUUGAACAGAUGAGAUACUGUGAAGCGUCUCUGUUUUAUCUGGAACACAUACAGCAGAUCUUUGUAUUUAUAUCUGAGAGAGGUUUCAAGUGUAAGGAUGGGAGUGAAAUUAAGACUGCAUUUUUCUAACAAUGUUGAGGGCAGACUUUACUCUAUUAUUCAUUUGCAUAACAGAUGGUAGCAGCUCAUCUAGUGCUUCAGAAUGUUCCAUAUUUCCCCGUUACUUAACCAAUCACAGCUUCCCAAUUUACUGGAACAACAACUCGCACUGGCUCACAACUCAAACCCACAAUCUGUUCCUCUGUUGUGUCAUUUAAUCAGGCUUAUAGGAAGUGUGUGGAAUAUUUUCCUGUCAUUUAUUUAUAUUGUGGUAUGUAUGACUACUAGACACAGCUAUGUUAUUAAUUUUUCAAUUGAUGCAACACUGUUGUAUAGCUGAAAAGAGCCCCAAGGAAUGUUAAAAGGUGUACUUUACCUGUUUGGCUUUAAGAUCCCAUGAAGAAUGUUGAGGAAGGUUGAGACCGUGGAAAAGCUACUUUGAUUAGUAUCUGGAUUGUGUUGUAUAAUCUUGGAUAUUACUGAUCAGAUUAGUUCUAGUUUGACUUAAAAACAUGUACUGUAUAGUAAAUUUUUUAAUACAUUUUCUACAUAUUAAUAAAAUAUUCCAAUAGUCAA